AUGUUCCUGAAGUUCUUAUCGCAAUCGUAUCCAACGGAUACAAAUGUUUUUCUAAUACCAAGAUUUGCUCUACGCAUCGCCGGCUUCUAUCCGGGGGAUGGUAACUCUAGACGAAUGCAAGCGUGGCUCAUCUUCAAUUUUGUCGUCCUCGUCUAUGGUUCUUAUGCCGAAUUCAUGUUUGGCAUACAUUAUCUAUCGAUUGAUGUCGUACGCGCUUUGGAUGCUUUAUGUCCGGUUGCAUCGAGCAUUAUGUCGGUGUUGAAACUGGCCCUCCUCUGGUGGCAUCGUGAAGAGUUGGAUCGUUUGAUCAGACGUGUCACUGAGCUGAUCGCAACACAAAAUAGUCGCUUGAAGUUGGCCGAUAAACGCCGUUACUUUACAAUCGCAACACGUCUUUCAGCAUCGGUUUUGUUUUUCGGCACCACCACGAGUACUUUAUACACCAUACGAGCGGGUAUUGUGAAUUACUUAAGUCAUUUGCGUGGAGAGGAGAUUCCAUAUGAGACGCCAUUUAAAAUGAUUUUUCCCAAACCGUUACUUUCCAUGCCGAUAUUUCCGCUCACAUUUAUAUUCUCUCAUUGGCAUGGGUACAUCACUGUUGCCGGUUUUGCCGGCACUGACGGUCUCUUUCUAUGUUUCUGCAUGUACAUUGGCACACUGCUGAAGGCUAUUCAAUAUGAUAUGAAAGAUCUGCUUUCGGAUGUUGACAGUGGAGAACGUAAACACUCAUCAGAAGAUGAGAUCAGAGAGAGUUUAAAGAUGAUUAUAGCGCGGCACAAUGAAAUUAUAGAUCUGGUUAAACGCUUUUCGGCCGUCAUGUCGAGCAUAACAUUGGGACACUUUGUGACAUCAAGCGCAAUUAUUGGCACUUGUGUGGUGGAUAUGUUGUUGUUCUCCGAUUACGGCGUUUUGGUUUAUUUGGUUCACACCAUGGCUGUCAGCACCGAAUUGUUCCUCUACUGUCUGGGUGGCACAGUGGUCAUUGAAUGUAGCUCUCAACUGGCCACUGCGGUUUACGAUAGCAAUUGGUAUACUCAUACUGUAGAUGUGCAGCGAAUGGUGCUUUUGAUAAUUAUACGCGCUCAACGCAGUUUGGUAUUGAAAGUGCCGUUUUUUGCGCCGUCACUGCCAGCACUAACUUCAAUUUUGCGUUUCACUGGUUCUCUGAUUGCUCUAGCGAAAUCUGUUAUUUAA